AUGCCAAGAGAUUAUGACAAACGCCCUCGAUCAAGAUCUCAUGACCGAUACAGAGAUCGUAAUGAUAAUUGUGAGCGUUCUCGUAAACACCGAGAAGACUACCAUCGAAGAGAUCGCGACCACGGAUACGAUUGUGAUGAAAGAGAUGUAGAAAGAAGUCGAUACCGACAUGAAAAAGAAAAACGCAGAGACCGUGAUAGUCGACGAAGACAUGAACAAAAUCAUAACGACGAAAGAUGGAAGCGUCGUACACGCUCUAGGAGCCCCAUGCCUACAGCUGAAACAGAAACCGUGGAGUAUGAAGAGGCAGAACCAACUGAACCUGUAACCGAAGAGGAGGCAGAAAUGAUGCGCACUAUGGGUUUCUGCAAUUUCGGCACAACAAAAGGAAAGCAUGUUAUUGGUAACAGUGUUUAUGUGGCAAACAUAGCAAAACAGCGAAAGUAUCGUCAGUACAUGAAUCGUCGUGGAGGUUUCAAUCGUCCGCUCGAUCCAGUUGCUUAA